AUGAUGGACGGGCCCGUGCAGCUGGACUUGUCGGAAGAGGGGUACGCGACCGUGCCAGAGUCGAUUCCCAUCGACGUCUACUCGAUCUCGCUCGCGUCCAACCGCAUCCAUGCGCUCCACGGCCUCGGGCGCCUCGUGCAUCUCCGGCAGGUCGAUCUCUCGUGCAACAAGCUCACGCAUCUGGCGGGCAUCGAGUCGCUUCAGCUCCUCUCGACACUCAACCUAGCGCGCAACAACCUCUCGUCGCUCGCCGGGCUCGACCAGAUGAAUUCGCUGCAAUACAUCAACGUGUCGGACAACAAUUUGACCGAUCUCGAUGGCCUCAUGAGUCAUACGGGCCUUGUAUAUGUGAAUGCGUCGAUCAACCACCUUGCUUCCUGGCCCAAUCUGUGCCACCUCGGGUCCCUCGAGACGCUCAACCUCAACGACAACCAGCUCAGUGUGACGCGGACGCUGCCCACGAGUCUUCCGACGAGCUUGCGUCAGCUCAAGCUCGCGUACAACCAAAUCGACCACCUCGGGUGCUUUGAUGCGUGCGCUGGCAAGUACCACCACUUGCACUCGCUGGACCUUGCUGGCAACCGCUGCGUGCUGCACAACCCAAGUGCUGCUGCCUUUUUGGCCGACAUCUUCCCUGCAUUGCGGCUUCUCGACGGCCUGCCGCGCGCGACCGACCCGACGCCGACGACCGAGGAAGCCGAUGUGUCGGACCGUAACGUCAAGCUGCAGCUGUGGAAGCAAAUGCUGCAGGACCGUCGUGACCAAGACGACCGCGACCGCAUGCGGCUCCGCGCCGACAUCAGCCACAACGAGUCGCCCGUUCCAGUGCCGACACCCCGGCCCCUCGCACCAGCCGACCCGACACCACGGCCCAUCCUAUUUGCCGAGCCGAGUCCACCGUCCGAGGUGACGCGCGCCGCGUCACUACCAAAGUACUUGUACGAGAACGAAGCGCUUGGUGACGAGCCGCCGCUCGUGCAAACCAGCGUCUUUCUGACGCCAUGCGAUGACGAACCGCUGUCAAAGCAAGUGCAGACGCUCCAUGACCACGUGCGCAUGCUCCGCAAGUACGCCAAAGUCUGGAUCAAGCGCGAACAGCGGCUCCGAGACAAGAGCGCUGUGUGCAUUCAAAAGUAUUAUCGCGGCUACCGCAGUCGGCGACAGCAUCCGCGACGCUGCCAGACACGCCGCGACCCUUCUUGUCGCGUCGGUGUGACUGUGCAGCCCGUCUCGUCUUUUGACAUUGUGUGGCGGCGCAUCGCUCCCGAGAAGCGCAUCUUCCAUGCUUACGCCCAAGUCGUUCAACGCAUGCUACGAGGCUGGAUCAUACGGCGCCGCUUUGGCCUCCGACGGGUGCAGCACCGGGCCGCGAUUUCACUCCAAAAAUGCUGGCGCGGGUUUCGGGCCCGCACGAUUGGCAUGUGGCAGCACGUGGGCCGGCGCGGGGUGUUGCGCACCUUGUUUGCUACGACGCGACACGUGACCGCGCUGCAGCGACAGCUCUACAUCCAAGACGAGGCCAUGGCAACACUAUGGCGUACGGUGCACGUGACACAGCACCAGCUCGAGGGUCUGCGUCAUCGGGCAGCACACAAGGGCAUUCGCCUGUUCCAGGCGCGGUGGCGGGGCUACGCUGUACGCCGCGCAACGCAGCUGCCUCGGCCGCACGUAAACGGCGCCGUUCGAUGCACGGGCUGCGCUUCCAAUACCGUCGAGAUCGAGCACCUUCGCGAUCAAGUCGACCGACUUCAGCGCCUCGUGCAGCAGCUCCUCGCGCAAGAGGCGCGGCCAGAGCGGAGCGAGGAUGGGGACGGCGCACACCCGAUUGCAGGAUACGACAAUGCCUUAGCGCUGUCGUGCUGGGGAGAGUUGCUCUCGCUGCGUCGGUCAUAA